UCAAAGUUCUAAAAUUCUUUUUCCUAAGUUUGAGUUUCUAGGUGGACUCAAAAGUUUCGAUCAGAAAAUUAUAUCGUGCAUAUAGAGAAAAACCAAAAAUUCUUUUUGUGCACAUAUAUAUUGUUGAAUUUUCUAGCGUAGCGGAUAAAGGUAUAUCAAAAUUUUUGACUUUGUCACUGUUAUUCAAGAUAUGGCUUUAUUUCACGGGUACACUUCAAUAAUUACAAUUGUUCUAUUAGCUACGAGUUAUUUAGUGAUUUUUUCCGAAGCUACGACCACAUCAUCAAGUCAAUUGUCAAAUGCAAUUUUGAUAAUAGUAGAUCAAUCUGGUAAUGGUGAUUACAAUAAAAUACAAGAUGCAAUUGAUGCAGUGCCUUCAAAGAAUACACAACAUGUAUUUAUUUUGGUAAAGCCUGGUGUUUAUACAGAAAAAGUUGUUGUUCCAAGUGACAAGCCAUUUAUAACAAUUAGUGGGAGAAAAACAACAGUCAAAAAUACUAUAAUUACUGGAAAUGAUUAUGGAGAUAUAUUCAAAUCUCCUACUUUCACUGUUUUUGCUUCUGACUUUGUGGCUAGAUACCUUACAAUUCAGAACACAUAUGGAAGUGGAGAAAAAGCAGUAGCAUUGAGGGUAGAAGGAGAUAAAGCAACCUUUCUGGGUUGUAGAAUUAUGUCUCAUCAAGACACAUUACUUGAUGAUGUUGGUAGACAUUAUUAUAAAAAUUGUUAUAUUGAAGGGGACACUGAUUUCAUAUGUGGAAAUGCUGCUUCUCUAUUUGAGAAAUGUCAUUUGCAUUCGCUUUCGCAAUCGAAUGGGGCUAUAACAGCACACCAUAGGCAAUCACCUCAAGAGAAUACAGGUUUCACUUUCUAUGGAUGUAAGAUUACUGGAGUAAAGAGUGCAAUUCUUGGGAGGCCAUGGGGUGCUUAUGCUAGGGUUGUAUUUGCUCAAACUUACAUGUCAAGUGUUAUACUCCCCAAUGGUUGGGAAGAUUGGAAUGACUCCUCUAGACAAAGGACAUCAUAUUUUGCUGAGUACAAGUGUUUUGGGCCAGGUGCAAGUUCUAAUAAUAGGGUAGAUUGGUUAAGGACUUUGUCUAGUGAAGAAGAUGUGCCCUACUUGAAGGAAAGUAUUAUGGGCCCAAAAAGUUGGACUAGGUCCAAGCCCACACAUUUGACACCUUUAUCUAAAGUCAACUCCAACAGAAUCAACAAAAAGAGAAGCAGCCCAUGA